AUGGUUUCCAUCACAUCUGAAAGCGUUACACAGCUUUACAACGCCACAGCCACCCAGGACCUCACAGGCACUCCCGUGAAUUUCGGCAAUAAUUCAGGAGUGACUCAGGUGAAUCAAUCUGGAUGUGUUAAUCAAGACAUAUGGCAAUGGCUACACGAUUUUCAGCCCGGAUUCCUCUGGUUUAUAUUUGUUCUGGGAGCAAUAGAAAAUGCCUUUGUCCUCACCGUCCUGUGUUUCCACAAGAGUCGCUGCACAGUGGCUGAAAUUUACCUGGCAAACAUGGCACUGGCUGACUUAAUAUUAGUCUGUACUUUGCCCUUCUGGGCCAUUAAUAUUUCUGAAAAUUAUCAGUGGCCUUUUGGCCUGUUCCUCUGUAAAGCUGUCAACGUAAUGAGUUACAUGAACUUUUAUUCUAGCAUUUAUUUCCUGACACUAGUGAGCAUCGACCGCUAUCUGGCCUUAGUGAAAACCAUGUCUCUUGGACGGAUGCGGCGAACGGUCUGUGCCAAAUGGAAUAGCUUUGUAGUCUGGAUGUGCGCGUUGCUCAUAUGUUCACCAACAAUGGUGUUCCGAAAUUUAAAGUAUUACGAAGAAUACAACAUCACAGCCUGCGGUCUUGUUUACCCUACCCACCACUGGGAGCCUGCAAACAACUGCCUGCUGAAUAUUGUGGGCUUUGUGAUGCCACUCUGUGUAAUCACCUAUUGCACUAUGCAAAUCAUCAAAGCCUUACGAAGUAGCGAGCUGCAAAAACUGAAGUUGGUUCAGACAGAGAGGAGAGCCACGAUGCUGGUCCUUGCUGUGCUUUUGCUGUUCAUCGUUUGCUGGCUUCCAUUCCAGAUCAGCACGUUCAUCGACACAAUCUGUCACCUCGCACCCACUCUCACAUGCCUGAGACAAAUCAAUGACUUACUGACCCAGGUAGCUGUGUACUGUGCCUUUAGCAACAGCUGCCUGAACCCGGUCCUGUAUGUAAUUGUUGGGAAGCACUUCCAGAAGAAGGCUGUGGAAUUCUAUAAGGACUUGUUUCCAAAGAGGUGCAGAAAAUCACAGUCUGUGCAGAUGGAAAACUCCCUGGACACUUUAAAAACUUCAAUUUCAAGUGAAUACCCAAGGAAAAAGUCUGUUUUCCCACCACCACGAUAG